AUGAGGUCUGAGUCUCAGCAGGAAGUGGGCUUCAUCGCCCAGCUGCGCCAGUGGGUGGUCAUAGGUAAGAGUAUUUAUACUUUCCAGCAUUUAACAGUCUUCUCUUAUGACCCCAUCACACAACUCACAAACUUCUUGUGGGAUUUCCUGAAUGCGGCCACCAUAUGGUUUUGCACCUGGCUUGGUUUAUUCUACUGCAUGAAAAUUGCAAACUUAACCCACCCUGUCUUCCUCUGGCUAAAGUACAAAGUGCCUGCCUGGAUACCAUGGAUGCAGGUUGGUGCUGUGGGGUUCUCUGGCUUGAACAGUAUCCUAUGCUUCAUAGGCAACCAGAUAAUAUACCAGGACUAUGUAAGGAGUGACUGGCAAUUUGGAAAUGCCACUGAGUAUAUCCCACGAAACUCAUUUGAGAAAUUCUACUUCUUCUCUCUAAACCUGAUUAUGUGGACAAUCCCUUCUGCUCUGUUUUUGCUAUUCAUGGUUUUGGUCCUCACAUCUCUGGGAAGACACAUGAAGAAGAGCCUGCUGAACACCCCAGGAUUUCAAGAUUCUCAGAUUCAGGCCCCUACCAGAUCUCUCCUCGCUCUCUUCUCUUUCGUAGUCCUUUUCACCUCUUGCUUUCUGUCCCUGGUGCUUAGUUCUGCCAAUAGUUUUUCACCUCAGAAACUUUGGUACUGGGUGUGGCAGGCAGUGAUUCAUCUGUGCACAGGAAUUCACACUACAAUUCUGCUUUUCAUCAACCCCAGCCUGAGAGAAAUACUAGAGAGGGGUUGUUCUUUGAGGUGUGGCUCACCCUGAGUUAUAGUUGAUCCUCCAAGUCAUGAGACAACAAGACCUGGGUGCAACAGAACAGAGCUUCUUUUCUUGCCACAUUGAGUGAUUUCUUCCUCUUUGCUAAAUUUUGUGACAGAAGAAUGACCUCAAUAUGAUAGGAUUCCAAGUGAGAGGCAAAGUCCCCAAAUCCAGGAUGGUAUAUCUUUGCUCUACAAGUCCUGAUGGGACUUGAUGUCAAAGAUGACACAACUUUUACUUCCUCUGGGAUGGAGCGCAUGGUGUUUAAAAUUAUCCUUCUGGGAACCAGAUGCAAGCAUUCUGACAUAGCAUGUGUAUAUCAUAAUAUUUUAUAUAUUGACUUGGACUGGAGAAGAUUUUUUUUUCUACUUUCCUGUUCCCUUUGGCUGCACCCUGUGAGCUGCCCAUCCCCUGUCAUCAUUCUACAGUGUUUCAGUCAUCUUCUGUGGUUGUCUAUUUCCUACCGUGGUUAUAAUGAGUUCCUGGGGUCUGAAGUCUCUACAGAGAGCAUCUUGGCAUUGUGCAUGUGUGCAAUGGACUGGAUUGUCUUGGAUGUGUGUAUCCUCAGAAAGCCUUGAGAGAUCUCUCUGAGAACUUAGGAAGUUUAGAAUUCAUAUAUUAUUGAUAUUUGCUCCAUCAACCUGGUGUGUGGGUCUGUUCUAUAAAUGUUGAGGUAUAUGGAUCCAGAUAGAACUUCUUUCCUGUUGGUACUUAGACCAACCGAAUUUUUUUUUAUAUGGACAAGUUAGUAU